AAGUGUCAAGUGAGAGAACAAAAAGAAAAGCAAGAGCGAGAGAACAUUAUUAUAUUGUAAGCAGCAUGGAGGUUAUUACGGCAUGUUGUUAGAGCUGCCAGCCAAAUAGAGAACAGAUUAAUCGAGUUUAAUAAGUUAAUGGACAAAAUGAUUUCGUAUAAAAAUUUAUGUGUUUUGCGCCAGCUGCCACUAAGGAGCUGCUGCAGCCGACAAUACAACGCCAUUCAACUGAGCACAGCACUGCGGACAGCGAAGAAUUCUUGGAAUCCGAAUCCGACGGCUGUCAUCGCCUCCGCCGCCUGGCAACAGAGGGCGACGCAACAGCAGCGACAAGAGCGCAACAUUUACACGACGAGCCGACAGCAGGCAAAGGACUAUUAUACGACACUGGGCGUGGCCAAGAAUGCCAACGGAAAAGACAUUAAAAAAGCCUACUAUGAUCUGGCCAAGAAAUACCAUCCGGACACCAAUAAAGAUGAUCCAGAUGCAAGCAAAAAGUUCCAAGAAGUGAGCGAGGCUUAUGAAGUGUUGAGCGACGAGCAGAAGCGACGCGAAUACGACACCUAUGGUCAGACGUCGGAAAAUAUGCAUCGACAGGGUGGCGCUGGUGGUGGUUUUGGUGGCGGCCCCUUUGGGCCGGAGGGCUUCUCACAGAACUGGCAAUUUCGCUCCACCAUCGAUCCGGAGGAACUUUUCCGCAAAAUCUUUGGCGAGGGCAAUUUUCGCAGCAAUAGUUUCGAUGAUUUUGCCGAUUCCAAAUUUGGUUUUGGCCAGGCACAAGAGCUAGUCAUGGAUCUGAGCUUUGCCCAGGCGGCGCGUGGCAUUAACAAGGAUGUUAACAUCAACGUUGUCGAUCAGUGUCCCAAAUGUGCCGGCUCCAAAUGUGAGCCGGGCACCAAACCCGGCCGUUGUCAAUAUUGCAAUGGCAGCGGUUUCGAAACGAUAUCGACGGGUCCAUUUGUGAUGCGCUCUACGUGCCGCUAUUGCCAAGGCACCCGUCAAUAUAUCAAAUACCCAUGUGCCGAGUGCGAGGGCAAGGGACGAACGGUGCAGCGUCGCAAGGUGACCGUACCCGUGCCCGCCGGCAUCGAGAAUGGACAAACGGUGCGCAUGCAAGUCGGUGCCAAGGAACUGUUUGUCACGUUCCGUGUGGAGCGCAGUGAUUACUUCCGGCGUGAUGGUGCCGAUGUGCACACAGAUGCACCCAUCUCCCUCGCCCAGGCAGUGCUCGGCGGCACGGUGCGUGUACAGGGCGUCUACGAGGAUCAGUGGCUGAAUAUUGAGCCAGGCACCUCAUCGCACCGGCAGAUUGCGUUGCGUGGCAAGGGACUGAAGCGGGUGAAUGCCCAUGGGCAUGGCGAUCACUACGUGCACAUCAAGAUCGAUGUGCCCAAAAAGCUGACUGAACAGCAGCGGGAACUGCUCGUGGCGUAUGCAGAACUGGAGCAGGAUACGCCGGGUCAGAUUCAUGGCAUGGCACAGCGGAAAGAUGGCAGUAAGAAAGCAACCGCAGGUGCCAGUGAAGCAGGAAAUCAAGCAAAGGAAAACAGCGAUCGAGGGACAACAGCAGAAGCAGCAGCAGCGAAAGACGAACAAAGUGAAAAGUCAAAAACACGCGGCGGCGAACAGCAAAGCGGACGAGGCGACAGCCAAAGUGAAGGCGGAGGCUUCUUGAACAAAAUCAAAUCUAUGUUCAACUAAGUGGGAGCGGAUGUGAUUUUUUGUUUGUUUUCUUUGUUUUGAAAGAUACAAAUGUGUUUUAAUUUAAGCCUGUUACAUGCCAACAUUUUGGUCAUCAAUGCUGUCAAAUGUAAAAAGCAAAUAGCAAAAUACACCAAAAUUUACAGUUAA